AUGUCCCUCCCUUCAAUAGCCCGCCAUUCCACACGUUCCCUCCUCCGCCCGCAAUCCCUCCCUCCGCAACUCACCCGCGCAUUCUCCAACCGCCCAGCCCUCCGCACCAACACCUCCGCAUCCGCAUCCACCAUCGCAACAUCCUUCCUCACGCGCUUCCAAUCCCUCGGCCCACAAACCCGCUCCCAAACCCUCGACGCAAACCAACUCCAGCUCCUCUCCCUAACACUCAACCGACCCUCCCUCUUCCCCAACUCCCCAUCCUUAUCCAACACCCCGACCUCCCUGCCCACCGGCACGCCCUUACCCGCCGGCUACCACCUCGUGUACUUCACCCCCGCAUUCCUGGAAAAUGAGCUCGGCGCGGACGGCACCGACACCUCGUAUAACCCUGCGUCGCCGUUCACGCGCCGCAUGUGGGCCGGCGGGGAGGUACAUUGGCCGCGGGGGAAAGAUGGGAAGCCGAAUUAUCUGAGAGUGGGGCAGGAGGUGCAGGAGACGACGAGGGUGCUGAGUGCGGAGCCGAAGGUUGUGAGGAAGACAGGGGAGGAGAUGAUUGUUGUGGGGGUUGAGAAGGAGUUUCGGAAUGAGGAUGGGGUGGCGGUUUUGGAUAGGAGGAACUGGGUCUUCCGCAAAGCUCUAACCUCGCCGUCGCCUACGGCUUCAUCUACCCCUCCAGCGACGAAGGCAUUCAACGGCCCGGCUAGUUCGUCUACCCAGACGAGUGACAAUGUGCACACGCGCACGCUGCGCCAAACGGCAGUGACAUUGUUCCGGUUCUCGGCGUUGACGUUCAACCCGCACAAGAUCCAUUAUUCGACGCCGUGGGCGAGAGAUGUCGAGGGACAUAAGGAUAUUGUUGUGCAUGGGCCGUUGAAUCUCAUUUCGAUUCUGGAUCUGUGGCGCGAUACGAGGAAGAAUGAAGGUGGGGAGUUGGUUCUUCCGGAGAAGAUCUCGUACAGGGCCACGAGCCCACUGUAUGCGGAGGAUGAGUAUCGGAUUGUGUUGGAGGAUGGAGGGGAUGGAGUUGGGAGGGUGCAGAUUGUUGCGCCGGGGGAGGUGGUUGCAAUGAAGGCGGAGAUUCAGUUAAAGUGCUGCCGCACGCACCCCUGCACAAACUGCCUGAAGCGCAACGAAGCCGGCACUUGCACCUUCAUCGGGCGCGGCCCGCGCGGCAAGACCUCGAGUAAUGGACGGACCAGCCCGACGCAAGUACAGGAUCGGUUGCAGCACCUGGAGAAUCUGAUUCUGUCGUUUACGCAGCAGCAACAACAACAGCAGCAGCAGGAGAGGUCGAAUAGUGUGGGUGAACACCAACAGGUGAUUAAUAAUGGUGGUCAGAUUACGCCGGCAUCGUCGGUGCAACCGUCAUUGGCAUUUGGGGAGGUACAGCAAGCACAGGACGGAGAUUCGGAUACUCCGCCUCCUGAUCCCGGGAGGUUGGUGGUUAGGGAGACGGGCAUGAGGUAUAUUGAUGGGGCGCAUUGGAGUGCGAUUCUCGAGGAAAUUAGUGGAGUCAAGGAGUAUCUAAGGGAGAAUGAGGAGUUGGGGUUGUCUGAUGAGGAAGGGGAAGACGAGGAGAUGGUAAGGCCGUCGAGUGCGCCAACGCUAUUACUUGGGCUGCACCAGGAAAUGACCAUGGACGAGCUGUUGGACGGGUUGCCGGCUCGGCCGGUCGUGGAUCGCGUCGUGGCUAUGUUUGUCGGCCUUAAUGAGCCGACCACAGUGAUGGUGCACUUUCCUACUUUCCAGAAACAGUAUAACCAAUUCUGGCAAAGACCAAAGGAAGCUUCUAUCUCUUGGCUGGCACUGCUGUACGCAGUUCUCACAAUAACAAUGUCCGUGUAUAUGCGCACCGGAGAGCCGCUACCGGCAGAAUUCGGGGAAGCAGAUGAAGCCGUUCAGCGUCUCAGGCAAUUGACCGCGCAGUGUCUAGUUCAGUCGAACUACACCGUUCCGGGGCGUUUCAAAGUGGAGGCCCUGUUUUUCUACACAAUGUGCGAAUUCUUCCGCAGCGAGGAUGCCCAAGUCGGAGUAUCUUUUCUGCUGAACAUGGCAAUUCGACUUGCUAUGCGUUCAGGGUACCACCGGGAUCCGCAACACUUUCCGAAUAUCUCACCAUACGAAGGCGAGAUGAGGCGGCGGGUCUGGGCUAUCAUGCGUCAACUGGAUGUUUUGAUCUCGUUCCAGGUUGGGGUCCCGCGGGGUAUACAGGACUGGCAGCAGGACGUGGAGCUACCGCGUAACAUCUCUGAUGAGGAGUUCGAGGAGUCUACCGUCGAACUGCCGCCAUCUCGACCUGAGACUGAACUCAGUACAACUGCAUAUAUCCGCGGAAAGUCACGACUUAUGGCCGUAUUUGGGAAGAUCUCUGAUUUAGCGUACUCGCGCGAUCCUAUGACAUACGAUGACAUACUGGCCCUGGACUGGCAGCUGGAGGAAGCUCGGGACCUUGUGCCCACUGCAUUCAAGAUACGCCCACUUGACCAGUGCUUCGUGGAUUCAUCAUACCUGAUCCUGAGACGAUACACAUUGGAACUUUUGUACCAGAAGGCUCGCUGUGUGCUGCACCGGCGCUACCUGGGCGAGGUGCAUACCAAUCCCCGCUAUGCCUACUCGCGUCAGGUUUGCAUGAGUGCUUCCAAGGAGAUCCUCCGUCACCAGGCGGAUAUCUACCACGAGACUCAGCCGGGUGGACUUCUUUACCGCGACCGACAAUUCCCGAACUCACUUCAGACCGCAGACUAUUUGCUUGCCGCGAUGAUCAUCUGUCUGGAUCUGUCGCAGAACCCUACCGGCACACCGAGGGGAAGCACGGACGAGGACGUAGCGGCAGUCAUCCGGAGCCGGGAGGAACUGCUAGCGACCAUUAAAACGUCACAUCGAAUAUUUGAGCAGCAGCGUAGACGAUCGGCAGAUGCACAGAAAGCAUAUGUGGCACUGACAAUCAUGCUGCGGCGAAUUAAUUUCCAGCAACAGGAAAGCCAACAACUGACUUCCGCACAACCACCACUAUACGGAAGUUGGAAUGGCCAGCCAUACUCAGUUGGAGUGGAUCCAAUGGGCAUUACCCCAGAGUAUCAGUCACUGGAUGUUAUCGGAGAGAUGCUCGAUGCGCCAACCAAUCUCGACUGGAAUCUCUGGGAUCAGCAGAUGCAAUGUGCCGCCAACACGGAUGCGGGGUUAUGGGGGGAUAAUAUAUCAGAAGCUGUAAACAUAUAG